GGCGGAACGAAGGAGAACGACAACCACCAUCAAACCAAGCAGAAAACACAACACAGAAUCGAUUGGAUGGUCACAGAAGAAGAAGCAAACAACAGCUGAGCAUACACAAACAAACAAACAGGAAACACAAUCGAAUACCGAUCGAGCCGAACGAACUAACAAAAAUAAAAACAAAAACCCUCGCAACCUUCCAAGAUGCAGAUGCUCACUAAGUUCGAGUCGAAAUCCAAUCGGGUCAAGGGGAUUGCCUUCCAUCCCAAGUUGACCCUCCUGGCUGCUUCCCUUCACUCGGGUAGUAUUCAGAUGUGGAACUUUCAGAUGGGAACUCUGGUCGAAAGAUUUGAUGAACACGAUGGGCCUGUCCGUGGGAUCGCUUUCCAUCCCAGUCAACCACUCUUCGUGUCUGGUGGUGAUGAUUACAAGAUCAAGGUUUGGAAUUACAAACAGAGACGAUGUCUAUUUACUCUUCACGGCCAUCUAGACUACGUCCGAUCAGUAUCUUUCCAUCGUGAACAUCCCUGGAUUCUCUCUGCUUCGGAUGACCAGACGAUCAGGAUCUGGAACUGGCAAUCCCGACAAUGCAUUGCGAUCCUUACCGGUCACAAUCAUUACAUCAUGUAUGCCGAAUUUCAUCCAAAGGAUGACUAUAUCGUAUCCUGCUCCAUGGACCAAACUGUUCGAGUUUGGGAUAUCACCGGACUUCGAAAGAAAACUACAACAGCCCAGCCAAUGUCUUUUGAGGACCAAGUUCAACGAGCCAAUUCCGGACAAGCAGAUCUGUUCGGUAACACCGAUGCCGUCGUCAAAUAUGUGCUUGAGGGACAUGAUCGGGGUGUCAACUGGGCAACCUUUCACCCUACCCUGCCCCUCAUCGUUUCUUGUGGUGAUGACCGACAAGUUAAACUAUGGAGAAUGAGUGAGACGAAAGCAUGGGAGGUAGAUACUUGCCGUGGUCAUUUUAACAACAUCUCUGCAGUCUUGUUUCAUCCGAAGCAUGAACUGAUCAUCUCAGAUUCCGAGGACAAGACCAUUCGUGUGUGGGAUAUGAGCAAAAGAACGGCCGUUCAAACCUUCAGGCGAGAGAAUGACCGAUUCUGGGUAUUGACGGCCCAUCCUGAGCUAAACCUUUUUGCUGCCGGCCACGAUACCGGCUUAAUCGUCUUCAAGCUCGACCGUGAACGACCGGCGUUUAGUUUACAUGGUAACACAUUAUUCUACAUUCGUGAUAAGUAUGUGCGAGUCCACGAUCUGUCCACAGGCUCAGAUGUCAGCGUGAUUAGCGUCAAGAAACUAGGAAGCCAAUAUGUCCAGCCUCGUACACUAAGUUACAAUCCAGCUGAAAGGGCGGUCUUGGUCACUUCGCCUGCCGAAAAUGGAAUGUAUGAGUUAGUCAACUUACCCAAAGACAUGAAUGCUGGGGAAGUGCGUGAUUCAUCCUCUGAAGGCAAACGUGGGAAUGGACAAGCUGCGCUGUUUGUGGCUCGCAAUCGAUUUGCCGUUCUGGACAAGACCUCCCAAACGAUCGAAAUCAGAGAUCUUUCGAACUCGAUUACCAAAUCGAUUAAAUGUCCCAGUCCGACCAAUGAUAUUUUCUACGGUGGCACUGCAAGUCUCCUUCUGAGCACCAACACUUCUGUCAUCCUUUUUGACAUCCAGCAGCAGAAAGUCGUCUCAGAAAUUACUACCCCGCCCGUUAAAUAUGUUGUAUGGAGUAAUGACGGCUCCAUGGUCGCUCUGUUGAGUAAACACACCAUCAUCAUCGCCAAUAAGGCCUUGGGACAACACAGCUUGAUUCACGAAACCAUCCGAAUCAAGUCUGGUGCCUGGGACGAUUGUGGCAUCUUGGUAUAUUCGACACUGAACCACAUCAAAUACGCGCUACCUCAAGGGGACAACGGCAUCAUUAAGACACUCGACCAACCAGUUUAUUUGACUCGAGUUAAGGGUAAAAUGGUACACUGUUUGGACCGAAACGCUAAGCCUAAAGGGAUCCCGAUCGAUCCUACUGAGUACAGAUUCAAGCUAGCCUUGACGCGUAACAAUUAUGAUGAAGUCUUACACAUCAUCCGAACCUCGAACUUGGUUGGGCAAAGUAUAAUUGCUUACUUGCAAAAGAAGGGAUUCCCUGAGAUUGCUCUCCACUUUGUGCAAGACAAAACGACCAGAUUUGACUUGGCUAUUGAAUGUGGAAAUCUCGAAGUUGCGCUGGAAACAGCCAAAGCCAUCGAUCGACCUGCUUCUUGGAAUCGAUUGGGCCAACAAGCCUUAAAGCAAGGCAACCAAAAAAUCGUUGAAAUCUGUUACCAACGAACCAAAAAUUUCGAUCGACUUUCGUUCCUUUACCUCAUGACCGGAAAUACUGAAAAAUUGAAUAAAAUGGCUAAAAUUGCAGAGAUGAGAGCCGAUCAUAUGUCAAGGUUUCAUAACGCAUUGUACCUUGGUAACGUCAAGACACGAAUUGCAGUGUUAAAGGAUGUCGGUCUGUACCCCUUGGCCUACUUGACUGCCAAAUCAAACGGAUUAGACGACGAAGCCAACGAAGUCUUGGAGGUGGCUGGAUUGACUGAAGAGGAGCUGCCCCCAAUGCCACCACUGAAGAGCAGCCGUCUCGCACCUCCUGGGGUCGUGACCGCGAGCCAUGAGCUCAACUGGCCAUGUGUAGGCACGAGUGAAAGCUUCUUCGAUCGUGCUCUUACUCAAGCUUCCGGAAUGGAUGGCAACGCCAACCCGAUCGAUUCGGCUGGAGGCACCGGUCGUGGCGAUCCGUUAGAUGAAUGGGCAGCUGAUGAUGGGGAUGGGAUGGAUGUUGAAGGGGAUGCAGGAGAGGAGGCAGAAGAAGCUUGGGACAUCGCUGGCUCUGAGAUCCCGGGAGGCGCGCUUGAUGCUGAGGCGGGAGAAUCGGAGGCCAUGGGUGUCGAAGAUGAAGGGGCUGAUGGAGAAGUUAAGGAAGGUGUUCAGGAAAGUGAACUGUGGGUCAAGAACUCGCCUUUGGCUGCAGAUCAUGUGGCCGCCGGAUCGUUUGAAACUGCUAUGCAGCUACUCAACCGACAAGUGGGCGCGAUUGAAUUUGCACCUCUAAAACCAUUGUUUCUAUCGACCUAUCAAGCCUCAAGAGCCUACCUCCCCGCAAGCGCAUGUUUGCCACCGUUGGAAGUGUACUUGCGGCGGGAUCCUGAGGACGUCAACCCACGGAACGUCCUUCCAGUCAUUGCACGUAGCUUGCAAUCGAUCACUCAGGUCGAACUCAAAGCAGCCUAUGCACAUUUCCGGAAAGCUGAGUUCAACGAAGCUUCGGCUAAAUUCAGAUCGAUCUUACAAUCACUGUUGCUAGUCGUCACAAAGGAUGAAGCUGAACAGACUGAGUUAUCGGAACUGAUCAUCACUUGUCGAGAGUAUUUGAUUGGACUUUCGCUUGAGAUCGAGCGUCGAAGAGUGGCGAGUUCGGAGCCCGAGAAUCUUAAACGACAGCUCGAAUUGGCCGCCUACUUCACCCACUGUCGAUUGCAAUCCGUUCAUUUGGUCCUCGCUCUGCGAUUGGCAAUGACGACAUUCUCGAAAUCUAAAAACUUCGUCACCGCGGCGACGUUUGCCAAACGAUUAUUAGAACUAAGUCCGGCUGCUAAUGUGGCCACGCAGGCAAAGCAAGUGCUUUCGGCGGGAGAUCGAACACCAAGGGAUGCGAUCGAGAUCGACUACGACCAAUUCUCGUCGUUCGACAUCUGUGCCGGAUCGCUGACGCCGAUCUAUCGACAACAGGAAGGGAGCAGUGGCGGCGCGGGAUUCGUCGAGGAUCCGUUCACCGGGGCUAGAUAUAAACCCGAGUUCGUCGGCUCCGUCUGUAAGGUCUCUGGCGUCACUCAGGUCGGUAAGAAGGCCGCUGGGUUAAGGUCUAGGAUUUGAUCCUCCUUCAUCCUGGCCUUUCUUCCGUGGGAAUAAAUUAUACAUGAGAAAACAAAAAAAUGAAAAGUUGAAUGGAUUUCUUGUGGUCUGGUUCAAUCGUAAACUACCAAGAAUGUGCAUUGUUAGAUAAUUACAUACUCUCUCCUCUUUGCUUUCUCCCUUUCAAACAGAAAAAAAAAAACUUGAUUUUGGUUUGAUUUUUUGUUUGAUUUAGUUGAUCUCAUGACAUCAGUGUGAAAUUUUAAAUCCUGAAAUCACCUUGUUUUUGUUUUUGUUUCUCCAUUUGAUCUUGUUAACCCCAACUACAUUGUUUUCCUGCUCGUCCUCCUAUCCCUCAUCUCACCCAUCACCAUUGUCCUUCUCCUCUUCUUCUCACUUCUCCUUUUUUGUUGUUUUUAGUUGGUUUGUUUUGGUCUGCAGUUUCUUUGAUUUCUCUUUUUUUUUCAAAGAAAACGUCUAUAUAGGUAUUCUGCAGGGGAUACAGAACCUUGAUCAAGAAGGUUUUUUUCUUUUUAAUUCACAUCAGACUUGAGUCCCAGGGGCUGUCAUGAAGUGAUCA